AUGUUCAAGAAGCGACGCAAACGAGCGGCAGCCCGCACGACGACUGCCACCGUCUCCUCGGGCAACUCGGGCACCUCGGGUACCUCGGACACUCUGGGUGGCGAGACGCUGCUGGAGGCACCAACUCUUGCGGGAGGACCAUCGGCGUCAUCGUCACCUCUGUCAUCGUCCAUCGUUGGCUUGGUAGCACCACCAUCAACGGGCGCAAGUGCUACAGAUGCGGUUGCUGCUGCUGUGUCGGUCAUGGGCUCAUCGAGGAGGCGCAAGGGCGGAAAGGGCGGGAAGAGCUCACGGCGAGGCAUCGCUGUAGGAGGAGAGCGGACGGUGCGGCUAUCGCCGGCGGUGGCCAUGGCGGGAAAGUUGGACGGGACGGGCACCAUCGGUCGGCCGUCGUAUUCGGCGCAGCAUCUGGCAGAGCUGGCGGCAGAGACCAAGGUGCGGGUGGUGGUCGACGACGAGUGCGAUGCCGAUGAUGAUGGGGAUGACAAAGACGCAGUAGAGGGUGACGAGAGCGGCAUUCAAUCGCAGGCUGCUGUCAAGCGUGCGAGGGACGCAAGGAGACAGGCUAGGAUGGUGGCUGAUCAGGAGGAGACGGAUCAGAUUGGCGUGGCCGAGGGCGACUUUAUCCCGCUGCUGGGAGAAGGAGACGAGGCCAAAGCCAAGAGCAGCAAGGCAGCAGCGAGGUCUGGUGCCCGGCUGGUGGCUGAGGAUAUGGCUACUGACGCUGAUGAGCUGGCCUUUCUCGACGGCGAGCACUAUGCCGACUCGUUUGCCUUUGGCGCGCCGGGCAAGAACGCUGCCCGUGCCAAGCCGGCUAAAGCCACUCAGCUUGACCUGGAUCCUGACGCCGAAGCUGCCAUUGUGGCCAAGGGCACCUCGCGAGCAGCCGACGCGGCCGCCAUUCGCGCCGCUGUUCCACUUGAGCGGACCGAGCUGUAUCUGGCCAUGCCCGAGCGGUACGCGCCACCGAGCAUCAGCGACGUGCUUGCUAGCAUUGCGGCCCGGGCAGCCGGUACCCAGGACGCAGCUGAUGCCGCAGCUGAUGCCGCGGCCCAGUCCCGGGCCGCGCUCGAGAGCGCACAGACGACGCUCGCCGACCGGCUCGCAGCCAUCAAGGAGCUCUCUUCCCGGCUCGCCUUUGUGCAGCAGCUCGGCGAGUUUGUGGUCGAGCUUGGCGACUGCCUAGUGGCCCAACUUCCGCUAGUCGACAAGGCCGAGGCCGCUUACUGGACUGCGCUCACACGGCCGGUGUUUCUCGCGCCCGACACUGUCAUUACCGCUGAGGCGCGGACCGCACGGCUGCAGGCACUGGCGACGACGUCGCUGCCAGCCGACCCGUGGCUUUCGGACGACGAUGCCGCCGAGGCGAGUGCCGAUGCCAGCUUUCCGCCGCCGCCCUCCGACGCCGCUCCGUUUGCCAACGUCACGCCUGAGUUUGGCUCAGCGGAGGCGGUUGUCGGUGUCUUUGCCAACUGGCGCCGCGAGCAUGCCGGGGCGUACCGCGACGCCUUUGGCUCUCUGGCAUUGCGGACGGCACUGGCGCCGUUUGUGCGGGCGUCGCUCCUGGGCUGGGAGCCGCAUCGCGGUGCGUCGCUUGAGGACGCGCUGCCGUGGCUGGAGCCAGUCUUUGAGUUUGGCACCACCGGGAGCCUGCCCGACGACGAGGCGCUGCUGGCGGACCUCCUUGCGGCGCACCUCGUGCCGCACCUGACCAAAAUGGUGCGGACGACGUGGCGGUGGGCGCUGCUCUCGGGCAAGUUUAACCAGGCGCUGCAGGACGCACUGGCACUGGUCACCGAGUUUUUCGGUGGGUCUGAGGCGGCGGCGCCGACAGCGACGCUCGAGCCACUAAUCAGCGCCCUCAAGUCGGCCAUGCUACUUAUGGUGCAGCCAUCGGCGACGCCGCUCCCGCCUCUGGCGCGCGCGCCUGGCAUGUACGCGACGCCUGGCAUGGCUGCCGUCUUUGCGCACUACUUUCAGCUUGCCCUCAAGGCGCUGCGGCUCAUCUCGUCGUGGGAUGGGUUCGUGCCGUGGCGCGAGGGACCACUGACAAGGGCGUCGCUCGCGCGCACGCUCUUUGGCAGCUACAUCCACACGCGGCUGCUACCCGCGCUGGAGGGCGUGAGGGCGAGCGCGCCUGGGACCGCCGCGGAGCGGGCUCUGGAGAUGAUUCUCGUCCUUCCGCCCGGCUGGCAGCCGGGUGUGGUCGGCUCGCCAGUGAGCGCGGCCGACUGGGCGCCGGUCCGGGCGUUUGCCGCCGAUGCCAGCUGGCCGGUCGGCGAGCCGGGUGUGGUGCGGCUGCGGGCGACGCUUGGCAUGGGGUGA